AUGUUGGGUCGACACCCCCUCGACCGACACACCGAUAUGUUGGGUCGACACCCCCUCGACCGACACACCGAUAUGUUGGGUCGACACCCCCUCGACCGACACACCGAUAUGUUGGGUCGACACCACCUCGACCGACACACCGAUAUGUUGGGUCGACACCACCUCGACCGACACAGCGAUAUGUUGGGUCGACACCACCUCGACCGACACAACGAUAUGUUGGGUCGACACCACCUCGACCGACACAACGAUAUGUUGGGUCGACACCACCUCGACCGACACACCGAUAUGUUGGGUCGACACCAACUCGACCGACACACCGAUAUGUUGGGUCGACACCACCUCGACCGACACACCGAUAUGUUGGGUCGACACCACCUCGACCGACACACCGAUAUGUUGGGUCGACACCACCUCGACCGACACACCGAUAUGUUGGGUCGACACCACCUUGACCGACACACCGAUAUGUUGGGUCGACACCACCUCGACCGACACACCGAUAUGUUGGGUCGACACCACCUCGACCGACACACCGAUAUGUUGGGUCGACACCACCUCGACCGACACACCGAUAUGUUGGGUCGACACCACCUCGACCGACACAGCGAUAUGUUGGGUCGACACCACCUCGACCGACACAACGAUAUGUUGGGUCGACACCACCUCGACCGACACACCGAUAUGUUGGGUCGACACCCCCUCGACCGACACACCGAUAUGUUGGGUCGACACCCCCUCGACCGACACACCGAUAUGUUGGGUCGACACCACCUCGACCGACACACCGAUAUGUAG